AUGCCUUCUAUCUCUCACCGCCGUAAUGUUGUCUGCCGUUGUGCUCAAUGUAGCAGAAAUUCACAGGGAUACUCAUUGGUGACAAGCAGAACCGCUGAGCGCCAUAUUAGAAAAGAUGAGCUUGAGAGAAUCGAGAGACUGGAUAUGGCUGAAAGAUUGGCAAAUAACGAUCAGGCCGACUCACCUGAUUCGAAUGCCGCCACGAUGGCUGACAAUGUCUCGGUAGACGAUGAGAUCAGCGAGGUCAAUGGCAAUGACUCUGACAUUGAAAGAGACAUGAACUCUGACUCUGGCAGUGGUGAAGAAGAAGGUGUCGAGACAGACGUUGAAGAGUUUGUUAAUGAAGACCCAUUUGAUGCUCCUAACAUGCCUGAAAACCCUGUCCAUUGGUUCAUUGCUACCUUUGCCGUUCUUUUUAUCUCGUGUUAUGUUGUUAACAAAGGUGCCGCCAUAUUGAUUGAAUUUAUCAAUCAGUUACUCAAGAUCUACGGCGAAGAUUUCCAAUUACCAACAAGUCUUAUUGGCCUGCAAAGAAUGACUGGUUUUUCCAAUUACGCCAAUGGUAUCAAGAAGUCUGUUGUAUGUGAAGACUGCCACAAGGUUUAUGAACAAGAUGUCUUGAUCAACUUGCCUUUGGAAGGAAUCAAAAUUCUUCCUUUGAAUUCGACAAUAUUAGUAAAAGCUAGUGAAUGGGAAAAGUGUCUGGAGCGAAUCAAUGUCUUAUGCUCAACAAAAUAG